CGCACCAUCGACGCCCCUGCGCUCACGUGGCGGAAGGGAAGUCUGAUGAGCGGACAUCGCGGCGGCGUACUGUGUAAGGCGGCCUAUUUCUUGAUGACCCACUGCCACCACCACCACCCCACUCACCGUGCCUUCCUCCCCUCCAUCGCCGUCCCCGUCCGCUGCGCCGCCGGCUCGGCCACUCCCCCCUCCGCAGUCGUCAUGUCCGACACUGCCGCGUUGCAGCAGAAGCGCGCCCUCCGGUCCCGGAUCCGGAAAGCGCUCAAGGAAUUCUCACCCGCUCAGCGAGCCCAAGAAGAUGUGGAAAUUCAAAAUUUUGUGCUCAAUUCAUCUUGGUUCAAAUCUUGCAAAGGAUUAUGUGCUUAUAUAAGUUGCAAGUCACUACGGGAAGUUGAUACAUCAAGAAUCAUAGCAGACGUACUGAAGAACUCAGGUGCUGAACAUGGCUUGCAGGUAAUGAAAAAACUCUAUGUUCCAAGGGUGGAGGAUAAGAAUAGCCAUAUGAGGAUGCUCAGAAUCUCAACUAUUGAGGACUUAGUAGCAAAUUCAAUGAAUAUAUUGGAACCAUCUCCUGUCGAUUCUGAUCAGAGUGAACGUGAAGAUGUUCUGCUGGCAAGUCAUCCAGUUGACCUAUUACUUUUACCUGGACUUGCAUUUGAUAGGCAUGGAAGACGUCUAGGUCGUGGUGGAGGCUACUAUGAUGUCUUCCUGCGGAAAUAUGAGGAGCUUGCCAAUCAGCAAAACUGGAAACAGCCACUGCGAGUCGCACUUGCAUACACGGUGCAAAUUGUGGAGGAUGAGUUGAUACCAAUGACCGAAACAGAUGUUCCAGUCGAUGCUCUUGUUUCAUCAAACGGUGUGUUUCCGAUCAGCCCUGCUGCUUUGGAGAGGAUGUAGCAUGAUUGCUCAAGUCUGCUCAUUCUAUUUUGCUUCCGUAGUGUUCGUAAGUAACAUAAUAAACAUCACUCUUCUGAUAGAAUAAUUUUCUUAGAACAACUCGUUCACAACUGAUAAGGAGUGAUUCAUCUUUAUGCGCUAGUGUUUAUUUCAUCGAGCAUUCCUUCCUUAUCUGAUGUCUCGUGUUGUAUUGUAUCUUAUUCAUUGCACGGAAUCGAAUGCUUUUCUUUAAAGCUAUUAUUUCCUUGUGCUGUUG